UCCCCCUCUUUCUCUCCAGAAGCAUGGGGCAAAGCGCGGCCUGCCCUCAAAAAUCACUAAACCAACUUGCUGGCCAAUUGGAACCUCGUGGCUGGUCUUGCUCUGCAGUGACGGAUUACCCGUUCAAUUGGCAGGGUGUCUGCUAUGACCCUUGCUGAAUUCACACUGUUUGCACCACGACCCUCUCACCCGUGUGGCUGAUAAUGAGUUCAUCUGGCUUGCCCCCCGCUGCUGGCGGCGGCCCUCCGGGAUCUUCUCCUCCCUCUCACCAAGGAGCAUCGGAUUCAGGGUGGCAUCCGGCUCGGGAAUGGCUUGAGGAAGACGAAGAAGAAGACGACGAGUAUGAGGAUAUGGACUAUGAGCCCAAUGAAACUGACGAAAGAGACGACGACGAUUCCGAUAUUGAGCCGUAUGACGACGAAGAUAACGACGACGACCUAGACCACAUCGAUAUCGAUGGUGCUAAUCUCAAUCCUGAAUUACAUCUGGGAAAUAUAGAGAUUGAAUUCGCCAUGGACGAGCCAGGCCAGAACGGGAAUGGUGGAGAGACUCAGAGGGUACGACAGAAUAGAGUAUCUGCAGCUCGGUUGCUGAAUUUGUUGGCGUCCAACGGCUUGCGGCACAUCUUGCACUACAACGGGCUGCAUGAGACCUCCCCCGGGGAGGAGGAAGAUGACGACUACGAGUUUGGCUUCUUUGGCUACCGUCGGCGAGCACGGCGAUCCGGCCAAAGCAAAUUCCCCAAGGUUCCCAGCGACGAGGGCCAGGAUUUGAUGAGAUCGGGCGACUUUGGACGCAAUACAAAUUACGUUGAUCGACGCCAGCGACGAAACCAGGCGCUUGCUUCGAAGAUCAUGUGGCGGGAACUCGGGGUGAACUUGACGGGAACAAAUAGGCAGGAUAUCCGAUUGAUGGCGCAGGGGCUAAUUCCCAGCUCAGUGGCGGACAAAGUCAUCCAUUUUGACUCUCGCUGCUACUCAGGCCAGUUUUCCGACGAUGGCAACUUCUUCUUCUGCUGUGCCCAGGAUUUCAAAGUGCGCAUGUACGACACUUCCAACCCCUUCAACUGGAAGUACUACAAGACUGUGACGUAUCCAUUCGGGCAAUGGACUAUCACCGACGCGAGCCUGAGUCCGGACAACAAGUUCCUGGCAUAUACGUCGAUUCGGAAUCUCGUUUGCCUGGCGCCCACGGAUCCGGCUGAUGAGUCUGAGCCGGCUGUCCUGGAUCUAUCCUCGAUACCCGGAAGACGAAGGAUGCGUUUUGGUGGGAACUCUCACUUUGGUAUCUGGUCGAUUCGAUUCUCAGGCGACGGUCGCGAGAUCGUGGCUGGCACUUCCGAUCAAUCCGUCAUUGUCUAUGACCUUGAAACACGACAGUCGGUGUUGCGGUUACAGAAUCACGACGAUGAUGUGAAUGCCGUUUGCUUUGGUGACCAGUCUUCGCCCCAUAUCAUUUAUUCCGGAUCCGAUGACACGACUUUGCGGGUUUGGGACAGACGUUCGAUGGGCGACGGGCGCGAAGCUGGUGUAUUUAUGGGACAUACGGAAGGAUUGACAUACGUUGACAGCAAGGGGGACGGACGAUACGUACUGUCGAACGGCAAGGACCAGACGAUGAAGCUCUGGGAUCUGCGAAAAAUGAUGACCACGGCGAAGUUUGACUCGAUCGAUCUCAACACAUUUACCACGGGAUUCGACUACCGGUUUGAAUCCUACCCCGAUGACUACUACGAACCUCAUCCUCACGAUUGUUCGGUUGUCACCUACCGUGGUCAUCGGGUCCUCAAAACUCUGAUCCGGUGUCAUUUCUCGCCGCCCAACAGCACCAACUCCCGAUACGUAUAUAGCGGAAGCGAGGACGGCAAGGUGUACGUGUAUAACAUGGAUGCGACGCUGGCGGGGACGAUUGACGUAGGGCAAGCCACUCACAAUUCGCGCCCGCUGGAUCCCGACAUGUCGACUGCUGCAUAUGAGAUACGUAGCAGCCGGAGCGAUGUGCUGUGGAAGACAUGCGUGCGGGACGCGAGCUGGCAUCCGAGCUGCCCAGCUGUGGCGGCGACGUCGUGGAAUGGCUGGGGUCUGUCCACUGGGACUUGCACCUUGCACACCUGGAACGAUGGCGCCACAUCCGACGAAGGGACCCCUCCAUUAGCACGCAAUUACGACAGCAAGUUGAAUCCCGUGCCUGAGUAUGAUGAUUUCAAGCAGACGAUGGCAGCGAUGUCUCGCAGUCGGCCUGUUCACAGAUCUCCGCUGGAUGACGAACUCGCGUACGAAUUAUGGUAAAUCAUCUGAAGGUAUAUUAUACAGAAGCAGGCGAGCGCACUCCGCGAGUCUGAAGUUGCUCACUAAAAGGCGUUGUUUCAUCUGAUUUCGGAGCGCGUGAGAUUGUUUUGGAAAUUUAGUGUGCUUCGACACGUAUUCCACGAGUCCCAGAUAGAAUGCUCUGAGCAGUGAUAGUCCAGCUUGCUAUAUAUUAUAUUGACCAGAUUGAGGCGAUAGGAUGCCAAGAAUGUACUUUUUAAGCUCUGCACCAGUGUUAGAUGAUAACAAAUUGAAAAAAACAAA